CUCGAGGCUUGAACGGCGACUAGCCACGCUCAGCAACCUUGGCCGCUCACUUAUCAUGCGACGCUACUCCAGCAAGACCGCGAAUUGAGCCGCAGGUCGCUUGACGCAGAUCCAUAUCGAAGGAGACCCUUUUCCGCCAACCUACGCGGCCUGGCGAACGCGUUGUCAGCAGCCCGCCGAGCCCGUUGCGCGCCUGGCCGUUCUCCGGAGGAUGAUAUCGCUACCCUACACUUGUGACCCAGAGAACCCACAUUGGGACGCAAGCGUACGCGUCUGACGGCCGCCAUUAGAAGGUCGCAUGCUGAUCCGUUGCAUGUCGUGCUCUCGUGAUCCAGGCACCAGUGGAGCUCAGGCUGGUCGACAGCAUGGCCAACGCUACUAGCAAUGGCACCUGGCACUUGGAUCCCGUUUGGGAUGACAUGGACCGGUAUGUCACCCAAGAGCUUACCCACAGGCCUUGGCUGCAAGGUUGCAGCACUGACUAGAUCGUUACAAUAUGUCCUCGAAGCUAAUGUCAUGGCAGAACUCUGGGGCAGCUGUUCAUGGCAAGUCAAUUCUCCCCCGCAGCGUCGCAUCGCUUGCGUAUCCUUGAUCAAGCGUCAGUGCUCAUUGUUGGUGAUCCGUAGAUGGGAUUCGAGGGAACUAGCGUUACACCCCAGAUCAAGAAACUGAUUCAGGAGGACCAUCUCGGAUCCAUCUUGCUGUCCGCUAAGAACUUGAAAAAUGCUGAGCAGUGCACCGAGCUGGUACUCGAAUUGCAGAAACUGGCUUAUGAUGCUGGCCAUCCAGUGCCACUCCUCAUUGGCGUUGACCAGGAAAAUGGCGGCGUCAACAGUCUCUUUGAUGAGAUCUAUAUUCGUCAAUUCCCAUCAGCCAUGGGAUUGGCGGCCACAGGCUCGAAAGAGAUCGCCUACGAAGUAGCUAAAGCGACUGCUGAAGAGAUUUCAGCAUGUGGCGUGAAUCUGAUGAUGGGUCCUGUGCUGGACGUCUUGACUAACGCUCGUAAUCAGCCUCUUGGAGUGCGGACGACAGGUGACGAUCCCCAAGAGGUCUCUUCGUACGGCAUUGCCUUUAUGAAGGGCUACAAAGACGCGGGAUUGAGUACCAUGGGGAAACAUUUUCCAUCGUAUGGUAGCUUGGAAUUUCUCGGAUCCGCGUUGGAUGUGCCUACCAUCACCGAGAGUCUCGAGUCGCUCAGCCUGAACGCGUUGGUACCAUUUCGAAAUGCGAUCAAGGAAGGCCUAGAUGCGAUGAUGGUCGGAGGGUGUGCAAUGUCAUCGGCUGGUCUGAAUGUGAUGCACGCCUGCCUUUCCGAGCAAGUGGUGAACGACCUCCUGCGCAACGAUCUGCACUUUGAGGGAGUCGUCAUAUCAGACUGCCUCGAAAUGGAGGCUUUGAGUCACAACAUUGGUGUCGGUGGUGGCACAGUCAUGGCCAUUAACGCUGGGUGUGAUAUUGUGCUACUAUGCCGGUCGUUUGUGCAUCAGCAAGAGGCUAUCGAUGGGCUCAAGCUCGGGUUAGAGAACGCGAUGAUGACAAAGGAGCGCCUGAAGAAAUCGUUGCGAAGGGUGCUGGAACUCAAGGCUAAGUGCACCACAUGGGAGAAGGCUCUACACCCUCAGGGCAUCGAGCUUCUGUCGAAGCUGCAGCCUUCACACACUCAGCUGUCGACCAAAGCAUACAACUCCUCCAUCACAGUGGUUCGAGACAAGAACAGGUUACUCCCUCUGACGAACAUCAUCGAGCCCGAAGACGAGCUCCUGCUACUCACGCCGCUUGUCAAGCCUUUGGUCGCUUCUGCUGCAGCCCGAGCACUAUCGGAGCAGGUCCCAAAUGGUUCGCCGGAACCCGAACACAUGCAGCGAAGUGCUUCGGUCAUGAGCGGUGAGCGCGUGUUUCGAGAGCUGGGUCGUACACUGGCUCGACAACGAACUGGACGUGUAUUACAUACAUCCUACACCGCGAACGGUGUUCGACCGCAACACGAAAAUCUUAUCAACAGAGCGAGUGCUGUCAUAAUAGUCACUGCAGACGCCAACCGCAACCUGUAUCAGCAUGGUUUCGCAAAGCACGUCUCGAUGAUCUGCAAUAUGCACUACACAUCUGCUGGUGAGAGACGUGAGAAGCCACUGAUCGUCAUCUCUGUCAGCUCACCAUACGACUUUGCCAUGGAUCAGAGCAUUGGCACCUACCUCUGCACUUAUGACUUUACGGAGACAGCUCUCAUGUCACUUGUGAAGGUAUUGUAUGGAGACUUCGCACCCGCGGGCGCUCUUCCAGGAUCUAUCAGUCAAAGCCAGAAGCUUUCACAGUCGAAGCAGCAUUGGCUUGUCGAAGCCUUCAACGAAGAGCGAGACUCCCACUCUUUGGAUGUCCUGAUCAAAUCCGUAGUGGACGGUAAUACUCCUGGUCUGCAUUCGGAACUGGCGAGCGCGACUUCGAAUUCGUUCCUUCUGCGGAAUGCUGACAUUCAAGAAGCACAUUAUGUGGUGAGGAACUCCAGCACACAGGCUCUCUACGGCUUUUGCGCCACGUACUUCUUCCCUGCUGCUGGAAGUGGAGUGAUUGGUGCCAUCUUCGUUGAUCCGAGCAGGAGAAAGCUUUCAAUCGGUCACUCACUGCACAAUCGCGCGAUCCGCACGCUUCUGCAGCGAGAAGGCGUCAAGAGAUUCCAGCUUGGGUCUCGUUUGCCCAGUAUUUAUCUCGGCAUACCGACAGGUCAUGGCGGUGAGCGGAAGCGACUCAGAUCAUGGUUCGCAAAUCUUGGCUGGAACACUGCACUUUCACGAUCAGUUUGCAGCAUGGUCGCUCGGAACUUGUCGACUUGGAGUCCGCCAGAAGGCAUGGCCAAGAGUCUGCAAAGUGCAGGUGUCGACUUCGACCUGGUGUAUGGAUGGGACUAUGCAGCACCAAUCCUCGACCACAUCAAAACGAACAACAGACAAGGCCUGGCAGAAGUCUACAAGAUGGCACUUGCUGACCCAUCAGCUUGCGGCAUCAUUCGUGCCAAAAGGCCUGAGGACGGUGCGCUUGUUGGCACAGUAGUGUUGUACAACAUGCAAAGCCAAUUUGCAGAAUUCGUACCGAGCAUGAAAGAUCUCGGAGAACUGGCUGGCGGUAUCUCCUCACCAGUGAUCAGUCCUAGCGUGGGCGAAUACUCGACUUUAUUGCAAGGCCUGAUUCUACUCGGAGUGAGACAAGUGAAGGGACAAGGAUGUAAUGUUUGUGUUCUGGACUAUAUGGAUGGCGAUGGAAACUUUGACGGGUUGAGUGCCAUGGGCUUUAGUGUGCUGCAUAACUUCGAAGAAGUUAGCUGUGAUGCGGCAACCUGGACUAUGGUACCGACCUAGACGGUCUGAAGUUGGACGCAAAGGACAACAGCACUCGAUGAUGUGACGAUAUGGAAUGGAUCUGAGCUCAGGUAACCUUAUGUCUAACCUUGUAUGCUUACCAGUGCACUCUAACAAUUGCAUGCGACACUUUCUUACAUGGCCG